GCGGUCGCCAUGGCGACCGUGGACUCGCGGCCGAGGCGGCGCGGAGGGGUCGCCGAGAGGUCGACGGCGCACACGGGCGGAUGGCAGGGCGAAGGUGGGCGAUGGGAGCGGGGACGCCCAGCCGCAGGAUGGAGGGUGGCUACUGCAGGGACGUACCCUUCACUGACAGCACCUACAUGAGGGAGGUCCAGCGCAGGAUCGACAGCGACUACAAGAGCCGACUGCGUCUGAGGGAACGGGAACGCAUGCAGGCUGAGCAGAAGCGGGAGCAGCGAGCUGUCCAGCCUCUGGCACGUCCCACUGGUCCCACCAGCCAGAACUACGACAGGCCAUGGAUCAACAGCAUGUCCAGCAGCAGGAAGAUGGACCUAACCGAGACAGUAGGCAGCGAGGUGCAACACUCACCCACGUAUCCGAGGACUCCCAUCACUGGAAGAGGCUCGAAACUUCCCUCACUGUGUAACAUCAUCGGCAAGAAGCAGCAAGUCCCAGAGCUGGCUGAAGGCCCGGACAUCAUGGGCUGUGUGUCAGCAGGGCCCGAACACGGACCCACCUUCCAGGCACAGAAAGCCCAGCCGCGGAGCAGGAAGGGCCCCUCCAGUCCCCAGCAGCUGCUCAUGGUGCCCAGGCAGAGCUCGGCUGGCAUGGUCAGGAGGGGACAGUCCAGGGGCCUGCGCUACGAGGAGGGCGCCGAGGAGGGGGAGAAGGAGGAGGAGGAGGAGGAGGAGGAGGAGGAGGAUGGCACGGCCAGGGCAGGGAGGCAGGAAGGCAGCUGCCCGGAGGCCGGCCUGCCCCUCCCGGCGACGGGGUCGGGGGCUGAGUCGGCCGGCCAGUGCCAGGACGCCCGCUCCCCGAGCCGGCAGCAGCAGACCAACCGCAUCCUGCGCCGGCUGAGGCAGGAGAGGCUGGCCGGCGUGGUGCUGCCCGCCGCCCAGAAGGACGGGCAGGAGGGGGAGGAGGAUGGAGCCCCGGGCCCCCCGGGCGCGGGCAGGGGCGCGGCGGCCGAGCCCCCCGGCGACUGGCUGCCCUUCCGGCUCAGGGUGCACCCGUGGGCCGUCCCCCAGAGACCCGCCGGCGGUGAGGGCGGGUGGCCCGUCCCCCGGUGGGCCCCGGCCAGGCCCGAAGCUGGCAGUGCCGCCUCCUCCCCGCGCCGCGCCCCUCCCCCUCCUCCCCCUGAGGCCUCCCAGGGCCCCAGAGCCAGCAGCAGCCCCCCACCCCUGCUGCCCCGGCUUGAACCCGGCCGCCUGGUCAGCCUGCUGGUGACUGCCGCCGGCUCGGCCGGCCCCGCCCGCCUCCAGCCCCUCUCGGCCAGCCCCACCUGGGCUCCCCGAGGCACCGGCCCGGCGCGCGGCCCACCCCUCUCCAUGACCAUCCUGGCCCUGUCCAGCCUGAGGAGCCAGGAGAGCAGCGAGGCCAGGAGGCCGGCCGGCUGGAGCACAGGGGACGCUGGCAAGGAGGCCCGGCCGGAGCCUGAGAAACCGCGGCCUGACCCAGAGACACUCCGCAAGCUGCAGGAGAGCCUGCUUCGCGAGGACUCCGGGGAGGAGGAGGAGGAUGAGGGUGACCUGUGCAGGAUCUGCCUGAUACCGGGCGGCACCCCCCUGAACCCGCUGCUCGAACCCUGCAAGUGUGUCGGCAGCCUGCAGUUCGUGCACCACGACUGCCUGAAGAAGUGGCUGCAAGCAAAGAUUAUUUCAGGAGCCGACUUGGCAGCAGUCACCACCUGCGAGCUCUGCAAACACACCCUCAAGCUGGACUUCGACAACUUUGACGUGCACGAGUUUCACCGCAAGCGGGCGGCCUCCCAGGUCGAGGAGCAGAUGACCAGCUCCAGUCUGUACAUGGCAGUCCUGCUCCACCUCUACGAGCAGCGAUUCACUGAGCUGAUCAGGUUACUGGGCGGGAGCGCUACAACCUACCAGUUUCCCACAGCUGAGGCACCGGCCGGAGUGGAUGGCCCUGAUUUCCCAAAUUCCGACUCUGAGGAAGAAGACGGCACCGACCUGCGGUCCCGAGGUGCCAUUGUGCCCGAUGGCAUGCUGCUGACGUUUGAGCAGGGCGACACCUGAAGGUUCCAGCCCCGUUCCCCAUUCCCCCUCAUUCCCUUUCCCUGCCCGACCCCAAGAGCCACUCCCAACCCCUGCCCGUUAUAAUACCGUAUGGACAUUGUGCUAUGCAAGCAACUUGUUUUCUUUGGAUAAAAUGCCUCACAGAUUUUGUGGGAGCUUCCUCUCGUA